AUGAUCGUUCCUGUGAUCGAUAUCUCUCCUUUUGUGAAUGAAUUUGUAAGCCCCAAAGCUCGUGACGAAGUGGUGAGCCAAGUCGCAGACGCUUGUCGCUCCAUCGGCUUCCUGAUUAUCAUCAACCACGGCAUCGCUUCGGAUACAAUCGCUCAGGCUUUCGAAGCCGCGAGAGACUAUUUCGACCAACCGUCGAAUGUCAAGAAGAAAGUAGCCAUGAGUCCCGAGUAUCCUUAUGGCUACGAGAGUGCCGAGAUUCUGUCCAACUCAAUCGAGAAAGAUGAUGGCAAAACUUUACCGGACUUGAAGGAAACGUUCCAAGUCUGUGUGGGUCCUGACGGACGAGAACCCACUAUCCCAGCACAGUGGCCAGAAGGACCCAAGGGGUUUCAAGACUCCAUGACGACGUAUUACCGCAGUGUAGAGAAACUUGCAGCGGUUAUGAUGCAGAUCUUUGCGUGUGCGUUGCAGCUUCCCAGUGACUUUUUCGACAAGAAGAUCGACAACCACAUGUCAUCGCUUAGGAUCCUAAACUACCCUCAUCAAGAAGAGGAACCCGGGACGACGCAGAUCCGAGCGUCGGCGCAUACGGAUUACGGUAGUUUGACGAUCUUGGCGGUGGAUGACGCUCCUGGUGGCCUGCAAGUGAGAGAUCUACAGGGCGAGUGGCACGACGUCAAGGCUCCUGCCAACUCGUACAUAGUCAAUCUUGGAGACCUGAUGCAACACUGGACCAACGAUCAAUGGCGCUCGACCAUGCAUCGCGUCAUCAACCCACCAUCGGGGUGUAAGAACAACCGACGCCAGUCGAUCGCAUUCUUCCACAAUAUAAACGCGGAUACAGUUGUGGAAUGUAUUGAAACCUGCCAGUCUCCGGAGGACCCGGCCAAAUACCCACCAGUACUUGCAGGGGAAUACCUCAUGGCAAAGCAUAACGCAGCUAUGGGCAGCUAA